GCUUUUCCCUGCCGACCUGUCGUCCAAUAAGAGCCACCCUCACAUCAUGUGUUCAUCCCCAUCCCAUCGCGCCUAGUAUCAGUUGUCAUAGGCACAUUCCCUCGAUUCUGUCUCUGUCUUGGACAUUUGCCUGCAGACGACUUUCUGGGAGAUCUCCCUCCCUCUAGCAGUGCCCAGGUCAGUGUUCUUCUGAUUCCCUUCGAUGGUCAUCUAAUCAACAAUCUCGGACCGAAACUUAAAAAUGCCAUCAGGGAAAUAUGAUAAGCCAGUGGUCAUCGAUAAUCAUGACGGAACUGUAACAUUUAAAUAUGAUCCGAAAGAAUUAGGUACUCAUGAACUGCAGAUAAAAUUCAAUGAUGAACCCAUACAAGGUAGCCCAUACAAAUUUCACGUAGAUGCCAUAGGUAAUGGACUUAUUACAGCUUAUGGCUCUGGCCUUGUCCAAGGAGUGGCCGGUGAACCUUGCUGCAUUACAGUAUCGAACAAAAAUAACGCAAUUGGCAAAAUUGACGUCUCUGUCAAUGGGCCAUUAAGAACAGAAGUUUCAUGCCACGAUAACAAAGAUGGAACCAUGACUAUAACUUACGUACCUCCUUCGCCAGGAGAGUACAAAGUGAGCAUCAGAGCAGGAAAUCAGCAUAUUAAAGGAAGCCCUUUCACUACAAAAGUAACAGCUGAGGGUCGUAAACGUAGCCAAAUCACCAUUGGUCAUUCCAGCGAGGUAUCUUUAGAUGUUCAUGAGAAAGAUGUGAAAUGCUUAAAUGCAAGUAUAGUUGCACCAUCUGGCUUAGAGGAACCUUGUUUUAUUAAGAAACGCCAGGAUGGAUCAUUUGGCAUUUCUUUCACUCCUCGUGAGGAAGGCGAGCAUCUCGUACAUGUAAAAAAAUUGGGAAAUAAUGUAGCCGGAAGUCCCUUCAAAAUCAAUGUUCUCGCUAAAGACAUUGGAAAUGCUUCGAAAGUAAAAGUUACGGGAAAUGGAUUAAAAGAAGGCAAAACACAGACAGAGAACCAGUUCAUUCUGCAUACAUCUGAUGCUGGUUUUGGAGGCAUUAAUUUUUCAGUAGAAGGAAGAAGUGCUGCUGAACUGAAGUGUGAAGAUAAAGAUGGCGUUAUAAUUUGUUCUUACAAGCCAGCAGAACCUGGGUAUUAUGUCAUCAAUGUAAAAUUCGCUGAUCAUCAUAUACCAGGCAGUCCAUUUACAGUUAAAGUUACAGGACCGGGAUCAAACAUCAUACGUGAAACUAUCAAAAAGAAAAUAGACCAGGCUCCAACUGUCGAUAUUGGUCAAGAAGCUUCACUGAUUUUCCGGUUACCGGGUACAAAUGCGUUCGAUAUGGCUGCUAAAGUAACCAAUCCAACUGGUGUAACAGAUGAUGCUGUGAUCACGGAUAUGGAAGAUUGCUUAUAUGGAGUCUAUUUCACUCCAAAAGAGCCAGGUAUCCAUACCAUCAGUGUGCGCUGCAAAGACAUUCAUAUCCCUGGAUCACCAUUUCAAUUUACAGUGGGAACAAAUACAAAUUUUGGAGCACACAAGGUGCAUGCAGGUGGCCUGGGCCUAGAGAGAGGAGGAGCCAACGAGCCUAGUGAAUUCAAUUUGUAUACCAGAGAAGCUGGUCCUGGCAUUCUAGGCAUUUCUGUCGAAGGAAAGUCCCGAGCAGAAAUAAAUGUUAAAGAUGUCAGUCCUGGAAUGUAUAGCGUUAUCUACAAAGUUAGCGAACCAGGUGAAUACAGGGUAGGUAUCAAGUUCAAUGACGAACCGAUUCCGGACAGUCCAUUUAAAGUAUAUAUGCUACCCGAAGUUGGUGAUGCCAGGAAGAUUGAAUUGGGUCAUAUACCCGAUGCAGGAUUGCAAGUUAAUAAGCCCAUCGCCUUCACCAUUCAGAUGAAUGGCGCAAAAGGUCUCAUUGACGGCAAAGUAGUGUCACCCUCAGGAACAGAAGACGAUUGCUUUGUGUCACCCAUAGAUGAAGAUUCAUGGGCGUUGCGAUUUAUUCCACAUGAAAAUGGCAUUCAUCAAAUUCAUCUAAGACAUAAUGGAACUCAUAUUCCUCAAAGUCCAUUUAGGAUAGUUAUUGGGCAUGAUGAUGCUGAUCCAGCAGCUGUACAAGCCUCUGGUAAUGGACUGAAGGAAAUCAAAUCUGGAGUAAAGACUGAUUUCUUAAUCAAUACAUGUAAUGCUGGAGCCGGUCAACUAGCUGUGACCAUUGAUGGACCCUCUAAAGUGUCCAUGGACUGUACCGAAGUCGCAGAGGGAUAUAAAGUUCGAUACACGCCCUUAGCUCCGGGAGAUUAUUUCAUUACCGUCAAAUACAAUGGUUACCAUAUUGUAGGCAGUCCAUUCAAAGUUCCAUGCACAGGUACCGCUGUCGCAGAACCAGGUUCUCAUGAGACUUCUUCAGUGGUCGUGGAAACAGUUACCAAGCAGUCAAAACAUAAAGGAGAUCAACUUCCUAGGUUCCGAUCAAACCCGGCAAAAAUUACCAGCAAAGGACCAGGACUCAAGAAAGCCAUUACACACAAGAUGAAUUCAUUUCAGAUCAACUGUCAAGAUGCAGGAAACAACAUCCUUUUCGUAUCUCUGUAUGGGCCUAAAGGUCCCUGCGACGAGAUCCAUGUGAAACAUACCGGCCGUAACAUUUACAACGUCACGUACAUGGUGAAGGACAGAGGAGAACAUAUUCUCAUAGUCAAGUACGGCAACGACCACAUCCCCGGUAGCCCUUUCAAGGUCGAAUGCACAUAGAGAAGGACAAAAACAACUAUGGAUAUCAUAGAAAACCCUUUUUAACGUUUCUUACCAUCCAGGCUUUGUAAGGAAAUUCUUCCGCUUUCUUACUUUCAUGUAGCUAUGAUGCAAAUCUUGUUAGUCCAAUUAUGCCAAACCGUUUUUUGAGAAAAUCCAAAAACGCUGUUUUCCUUUUUAUUCACGAUUCAAACUUAGCUUUCUACGUGGGUUUCGUUUAUCGAUGCUUAGAACUUACAAACGCUCUGGAUGUAAGACAUGUACCACAAAAUGUCGAAUGUCUGUAAUUUGUGUAUUACGUCCAAUUUUGUAAAAUUUAACACAUCUAUAACAAAAAAUAAUAUUUUGUAUUAAUAUACCCUACAUUUUAUUGAGAUUGGCUUCAUUUUGAAUACAAAAUCCAUAAAAUGUGGAAAUAAGGAACAUAUCAAGAAAGAUAAAGGACGAAAAUAAGGGAAUGUUUAAACUGAUUUUUAAAUAACUAUUAGUUUUAUACCUGUACUACAUUUAACCAACUACAAAAUUUUCUUUGUAAUUAUUAUAAAAACUUUCCUUCUACGAAUGCUUUUUAAGUGCUUGCAUAUUAAAGCUCAAUAAGUAAAUAAAUUUAGCUAGGAAGUCUAAGUAUCGAUUAUUUGCUAUUCCUGUAUACUCAGUCCUAUUUAUGUAGAAUUUUUCUUGUUAUCUAACAGUGUAUUUUGAAUAAGAAACCUAUUUUGUUUUUAGCAAUUAAAUAAGUUGGUGUAGGAUUUAUUUAAUGAAUAUUUUUCUCUGAAUCUGAAUAACUUAAAUAGCAAAAUAAUUUAUAUCUUAUAUAUUUUAAUUAAAUUGAUAUUAACAGCCAAUACA